CAUCGUUCGUUGCCGCCUGUUGCAAAUUUUUCAAGUUUUAGGGAUCUUUGCUGCGAUCUGUGGUCGCGAUUGAAGCCUGGCGUCCGCGGCGUGUUGACUACGGUAACAAUGGGGCCGGUGGAGAUCUUCGUGCUCGAGCAUGCCCUCAAAUACCAGAUGGGCAAUGCCGUGAAAGCUCUGCGUGGCCGGGGUAACAAGCAGACCAUUGUGUACAAUUUGAGCUCUCCAUACAUCUGCCUAAUGUACUUGGUGCACAUCUUCAGUGGCUACUUGACCUCAUCAUACCAGACAAUCGCCACUUGGGAUCCUGCAGUCCUCAAGGUGCUCGUAGAUGUUUUCCAGGACAUGUACUCUCGACAAAAGUUCACCUCCGAAAAGGUCCUUGUGCCUCUCAUCUUGCGUGCCCGGCUGUUGGAGAUCAUUGUCUAUGCUGAGAAGGCCCUGCCCCCUGGCUUUGUGCUGGAGAAGUUAGACGCAUAUUUUCCACAGCCAACUGAAGCCGUCUGGAAGGAGUUUGCUCAGACCUACUCUCUCAGGGGCAAGUCCAUGUCAUGGCUUCUGGACACUUGCAAGAAGUCUCGCCAGUACGUGAUGAACCUGGUGAUGAAGAAGAAACGCCUGGACAGUGACUCGCGCGACCUUGAAGGGUUUGUGGUGACUGUCAAGCGUCUCGUGGACCAGAUCGCUGGUGACCUUCCACGACUAUCCCACGGACAGGCCUGGAAAAGAUUCUAGCAGGAGAGAAGCUUCAGCUUGACCUGGACACCGAGCAGAUAAUUCAGACGGUGAUCAACAAAAAUCAGCCAAUCAUGGAGAAACAUCUGCUUCAUCUGCUUGAGCUUCAGGAGUCGGUGGAGCACCCUGUCGAGCUGAAAUCCAUCGCAAACGACAACCUCUGAACUCUUCUGCUGCCUGCUUCAUCACCUUGAGGGGUCUACACCAUUGCACUUCGAUGUAAGAUGACGUCUGUGCGAAUUUGAUCAAGCAGACACGAGGGGAAGUUACGAACUGCCAUGUGGUUUGGCUUGUAAUGUGAAAUUGGUGUGUGUGUGAAGGUCCACUGCCACAAGUCUGCCCUAGCAAGUGUGCUGUUGCACCACAAAGAACGAACCAUUUGAGGAGUGAUGUCUGUCCACCUGCACCAGUAGGCAUAGGCAGCCCAGUCAUGACACAUCUGGCAAACAGAAAAUGUAGGGUUUCUGUCAAGAAGUGUGUUAAAUUUUAGUCAAUGUAAACAUGCAUCAUGCUACUGGACAUCCGUACUUUACAUUUUUGAUGGUAGCUUCAAGCUUCAAAGGUGAAAGUAAGUCUGUUGUUUGCGUGAAAAGUCCAGUUUCAUAUAGUAGAGCUGCCUUGUAAAACUUGAUGAUUGAAAUGCAAGUGGAAGUGUCACAAAGGCUAGCAAAAGAUUGCUGUUUUGAUUACCGAAACUGAAAAAAAAAAAACACUGCCAUUACCACUUGCUGAAAUUGGUGCAUGACCUACAAUGUGCGGUCCCUCAGCAUGCCUUUUGAGAUAAGGGGACACUGAAGUAUCUUCGAGACAGCAUGCCUGGACCUUGUGACAACAUGCAUUGUUCACUGAGGUGCUCUAAGCUACUAACAAAAUUUUGCCAUUACGGGCUCUGAUGCCUUGCGAAGAUUUCUUCAUUGGGGUAUAUUUACUACUGACUGAUUACGAAUUAAGCCAAAGUGAAAUUUCAUUGUGGUUGUCCUUUAGGAAAAACUAACUUUGUUGCACUAAAUGAGCACAUUUCAUGCAAUACCGCAGAUCUCAACUGCUGUUCGUUAGACUUCUUUCGUGUUUUGUUUCUUGUAUUUCAUUUCUUGUAGUUGCUUCGUGGCUGUUGUGUUCAUUUCAUGUUGGAUGGAAAACAGCGCCAAAGAAAUGGCUAGAGCAUAUUAUUAAGUUUGUCCUUUUCUCUUCUUCUUUUCCUCUGUUUUCUUACUUGCAUGAAGGUGAACCACCUGAAGCCUACAUUUUAUUCACGGUGCACUUCUAAAAAAAAAGGUGUCAGGCUGGCUUUCCUGCAUUGCACAUGGCAUGUUCUUGCUCUUGUGCAUAAACUAUGUGCCAGCUGCAAAGUAAUCAUUUUAACGGGCUGGCAUAUUUUGAGCAAAACAUGCACUGUAUGUAGUCCCCAAAAGCCAGCCUAACACUUUUCAUUAGGAUCCAUUGUCCCAAAAAUAUGUGUAUUAUGUAAAGCUACCCUUUGGCUAUAAGGGGCACCCUCAACUGAGAGGGUGCAUGUGAUUCUGCUUCCCUUGCAAAAUUUCUACCUCUGCAUGGUGGAUAACACCUCGAUGGCCUGGCAAGGCACUGGGACUCUACUGAGACACAACAGAGAGAGCACUUUUGCAGUCUAGAAAAUUCUGGUUUCAUGGUUGGCUCUAAUUAUUUCUCAUUAUUCCCACCGUUGCAUUCCGAGAACUGUUUACUUCCCACCAUUAACCCCGGAAAGCCGGGGCGUACCGAAGGCAGGCGGUCGUGAACACCACAUCAUCGCUUCAUUUUCAUUUUUGCAUUCAUUGCAAAGUUUUUGUUUUGUUUGUUUGUUUCGGUCUCGGCCAACGGAAGGGGCAGGGUGCUGCGGUGAUGCUUGGCUCUCCCUAAUAGAGAACUCUGCGCACGUCUAUGAGCAGUAGACCAGGAGUAAUCGUACUAAACACGUUUUUUGCGCAUGUGUGGAAGAGAUGGUAUUCCUCAGAAUAUGUGACAAACAUUGAUUAGUUGGCAUAGCAUUGUCUGAAAAGCUGCGUCAAAUUUAAUUUGUGCCACAUUGACAGAUGUGUCACUUUGGUGUACAUACUGCCAGAAUUAUCGCAUGAAAUUGUGAGUGCAUUUUAGGGCAGAGUUUUAUAGUAUAAGUCCUGUGAGUGGGCUCAGCCACGCAUCCCACAAGUAACAAUGGUCUUCCACAUGUGGCACUUGCUCCAAGCAGCCUUUAAAGCCAUAUUUCACUUUGCUGUAAUCGGGUUUUUCACUGUCAAGUGAAUUUGUAGUUAAUUUUAGGACUGUAGCUUCUUUUACACUCUUUUAUACCUAUUUGAAAUGAUGUACUAUAUAUAUACCUUAUAUGAAAGAGGCUGGUCCAAGGGCUUGCAGGUAGUCAAGUAAGGCACCUGCCCUCAUGUUUAUCAGUGUAUCAGUAUUUCACGUACAGCUUUGCAAGUUAUCCAUUGCAUUAAGUUGGAAAACAUAAUAUGUACAAGAAGCAUCAUAUUUGUAUAGUUAUCGUUCACAUACCAUUUGAUCUCAGUUGAGUGUUCCCAAAGCCUUGUAGCCUUGUGGUUUUUUUUUUUUUUUUCCUUGCAUGUGUGCGUGGGAUGUUCCAUGUAUUGGAACAAUGUAUUACCAUGACAAAAAUUCUAGUGCUGUUUGGUUAGUGCUACAUUGAAAGGAAAGGUCUAUCUGUGAAACCUUAAGCCACCCCAUGUGACUGCCAUCAACACAAUGUAAUGUCAGUUCAUCCAGGAUGCAGGGGGAGGCUGGUUAAACACUGUUUAACUGUUUUAAUGUUUAAAAUCUGGGAUAUUUUUUUCCCCUUGUGUCUUAUGGGUCAGCAGCCAAAGACAGCCUGUUUUUAUGUGGAGGAAAAGUGCUCCUGUGAUGUAGCAGGUGCUGUAUACAGUGGAUGUCAUGAUCGUGACGUCUUAACAGCUGCACAUGUGUUCAUCAUGGGCAAACUUGCACACACUCCUUUAUCAGACUACAUUUCUUACAAACUUCAGAGUUUGUGACCACUCUGACAAAUUUUUGUGCUUACUGUUAGGUACCUCCAAAGUGGUUGAAGUUCACCUUUAAGGAAUGUCCGGCCUAUGAUAAGAUCUUUGUCUUCCAGCACGACAGCCCAGUGCUCUCUCCAUUAGGCUGCAAUCACAUGCAUGAUUCUCUCUUGCCAGUGUUGCUCCUCGAAUAAUCUGACACAUGCGUUAUGUUCCAUUUUCUCGCGUUGUUUCCUCGCGAGAGCUAGUGCCUUGAGAUGCUGUGUCAUUAAUAAGACUGCAGUGCAUUUGCGACCUGCCCAUACUUUUUUUUUUCAGGGUGAUGUGAUACCAGAGUGGGUGAAGUUGCAUUAAAAUAGUGUAAAAAUCGUUUCUUUUGUAGGAAUUUUAUUCUGCAUACAAACGGAGAUCUCUUUUAUGCAAGCUUCUUGUAAUACAGUCAUGAAACAUCAUGGCUAGCAAGCAGAAUGCACUCAUUAUACUACAGUUGAAGCAUACAUAACAAGGUCUCAGCUGCCUCUAAAAUUGCUUUUUCAUGAAAGCAUGCAUUAAUAUAGAUCAGGGGUUCUAACACUUACUGGCCUUGAGGAACCCCAACAGCUUUUCUCGAGUGCCGCGGAACCCUUCGCCUCUUAUCGCCUGUGUGCUUUUCGCAUACAGAGAAUGAAGUGGGGGUGGGGACAGAGGCACGGCAUUACGUUUAAGUCCGCCUAACCAGAUAUCACCACCAGGUUAUCUUUAAUCUCAAGGGCCAUCACCUGUGAUGGGGACCUCACAAUAAUACACAAGACAGGCCUUUUUUUUUCCCCCUUCGGCUGCACACUCCGUGUCAUACAGCGCCGAACGCAUGCGCAUACAGCGUCUCUAUGCUAAAACAUAGUGUCAGGAAUACGAAAGAUUGUUUUAUUUCUCUUAAGAGAAAAGAAGAAGAGUUACAAGUCAAUUGUGCUGCAGAACAGGUCGUAAGGCUAAGUCUAAAUUCUCAUGUAAUGUACUGCUGGCAUGGAGCAAUGCCUAUCAUGUGCAUCGAAGUGCUUGUCAAACAUUUUGAUUAGAAAACUGACUUAGUGCGAUGGCAAGCCAGCAUGUGCAGAAACUGUGCCAUGCGAACGCCUGCGUGCUAUACAAGCCAAAGUUGAAGCAUUUCUCCACGCAUGUGUUACAAAUUCCUCUCUCGAGCAUUAUCAAAAGCAUUCAGGGCGCAGCCAUCGUGGACGCACAAAUCAUACAAAUUUCAAGGUACGCAUCAUGAAGAGUCUUUAACGCAGCUGCCUCGUGGCUCUCUUGCUGCUCACGGACCUCUGAUCGAUGGAUGCAGUGUGCGAUAUCUCCAUUAGAUCCAACAAUCUAUAACUUCUGUUUUAAUGUGGGCAAAAGUGGGAUCAGGUUGCAUUCAUUUUGACCCUUUAUGGAACCCUUUUUGUGAAGCCCUCGUAGAGAUGGAAAAAAAUACAAGCUAGCACCUUUAAUAGUGAUGUUGUGUGCCGGUAUUGUAAGCAAUCUGGCGAGGAAAGUAUUUUCUGACAUGUACUUUUGGAGAUGUGAAUAUGUCAAAAGAGUCCUGCAGUCUCCUUUCUGAAUAGCAGUAUGAAGCUGCACUCUGUAUGGAGUGGCAUGUGCCUUGCACUCUGGCUUUAAUUGUGCCUACAUUCAACAUUCAAAACAAGUGCCUUGAAGGGAUCCCAGUUUGUGUGCUAUGUUAAAGCUACCAACUGUAUACAAGUAGUACUAUAUACAACAUUCUUUGGUCCUCUUGCGUAAGUGCACCACCACAUUCAAAUACUGUCAUCUUUCGCUAUCGUAAUGUUGGAAUGUCAAUCUUCAAAGCUGUCCCAAUGAAUGUCUUGUUCGUUUUUGUGUCAUUGUGGAAAUGCUCUUCUCACCUUUGUGUGUACAUAAAACUGAAGAUGCUAUUACGCACUUUCAUCCAACUAUUACACACUCAGUUAAAGGUUAUAUGAUUUUAAAACUGUUCUGAUUACUCUGUAAAAAUAAAGAUGCUGUGUAUGAGUUUUGUCUACAUCCAA